CACAGUCUUACAUCUACCAAUUCUUUCCCUUUCACCCUCCAAACAGUUUUUCCUCGUAGGUACCAGUUCUACCUGCGUAUUUCUAUGUCUUUUCAAGUUUUCAUCACCAGUGUGGUCUUUUUGUUAGAUGCAUUUUAACAUCGUCUGGUUUAUCAAGUGUUCGUUCAUUUUUCGUGUGUGAAAGUGAUAUCUAUCUGAACUAUUUUUUGUCAUUUCUACGUAGGUAGGUAGAGGUACGUACACGAUCAAUUAUUAUUUACAUCAUUAUCAAGUGAAAUAUCGUGAACGGUUUCAGUAUUCUUGGCUGUCGAAUAAUUGGUGAUGGUAGAGGUACUAUUAUUAACAACAUUUUCAAGUGAAAUAUCGAGAACGAUUUUAAGUACCUAAUCCUGGCUGCCGAAUAAUUGGUUAGAAUGGAAGUUGAAAUGAAUUUAGAACUGGAAAUGGCAGAAGUUAGACCAAGAGUGUACGAUAUUGUCCAUCCGACACCAGUACCAUUGGCACAGCUGUCAGCUAUUGUCACUAGCUUCGAAGUAUGGCGCUAUGAAAUGAAUACUCAUCGUAUGAGAAAUAAUUUGUCGGACUUUUGUAAAACUCGGGAAUAUUACGAGUAUAAUAUCAAGUUGAAAACUAUACUUCCCGAUUUGCCAUGCGUGAUUUUAGAUCUAAUCCGAGAAUAUAUCAGAAAGUUCCAACGUUCAUUACAAGAUUGGUUCAACCGUCAUUAUGAAACAGUAUUCAAGUCCUAUAAUUGCUCGCAGAACUGUAUUUUGAACGAGUUCGAUGAUUUCGUGACUGAUUUCAAAGGUGAUAUUGAUUACGAUCGGACAGCCGAACGUGUAAUGCAAUGUGAUCGACUCGACGAUACUGUGAAAUUCAAAAUUGCCUGUAUGUAUUGCUUAGAAGACGACAUCAGACGACUUUGGCCACCUGUACGUGAAGCAAUAACCUCAAUAGAUGUUAAUUCUUACGAUUGUGAUCAACUGCAAUACUGGAUUGGCAUUCUCACAAAUCAGUUGGAUAAAACAUACGUUUUCAAAGAAGAUCAUGUCACGACUUGUGAAGAAAUGUUUCCGCGGUGCGCAACUAGUAAAAACAGAUCAUCGAUGGAGUAUUUUUGGAAUCGCGUGCGACCAAAUAGUCAAAGAAAGAAGGCUUCGGAUAUGCUCGAUUACGACGACUCGUGUCUUGCCAGAUUCAUUUUGCCAAAACUGGACGAUCAACAGCUUUCUGAAUUUGUCAAUACGUAUGGCUGUUCACUUAUGACUGCAGAAUUGUUAGAACAUCAAGUCGAUGAGGGGAUCGUUGUUAUACCAACUUGGAUGCACAUCAGAGAUUUUAUGAAUGAAAGCCAGUUUUUGGAACUUUCCCAAUGUAUGUGGAAAUGGUUAUUGUCGGAUAAUAGCCACUAUAGGCUGCUAUUUUUUUGUCAAGAAAUAUGGAAUACUGCUCCGUAUGAUUUAAGACAAUCGACAGUAAGAAAAAUUCUAUCCAACACUGAAUUGUUUAAUAGGCCUGAGCUCUUUUCCCAGCUCAAUAAUGAGAAUUUUGUUAAGUUCCUGUUAAACAUUCUUCUAUCUGCGUCUAUCGAUGAAAGAAGCUCAUUCUGGAAUAACUGCUGGCAUCAUCUAAUUGCAGUCGCUCGAUGCGAAUACUUGCAACAAUUUAUAAAACUGUGCUUUGGAAACGAAGAUGCGAUUACUCAGUUCAAGACGAACGUAAUGCCCAACAGCGAGCACCUACGCCGGUUUUGUAUUGCAUUAGUAAAGGGUGCGAGUUUUGUAAAUUUUGAAAAAUUGAAUGACUUGCUGAAGUUCUGUUAUCCUGAAGCCCAACAAGCGAAAAACUUCAAACAAGAAUUACUUCGGUUAGCUUUUCUCGGUGAAGAUUGUCAAUUUUGUAGAGACAUUGUCCGAAAUUAUUCUUAUAAUUUAAAUCACUUCAUUAACGAAACUUACGGUGUCGCUGAUCUAUCCGUCGAUUUCAAAAAGCAGCUGCUGAUGUCCCCUGCGUUUGAAGAAUUCAUAUCUUUUCGUGUUAACUCGAAUAAUAUUUAUUGUUUAACUGAAAUCGGAGCUUUUGUCGACGUAUUUAAACCAACUGAACAAACACUAGUGCAAAUAAAAACUCGUACUAUUGAUUAUUUUAAAGAGAGUUUAACUGGAGAUCGAUCAGGACGUGACUUAUUGAAUAGAAGAAGUUUAAAUCGUUUUUUAUUGUGGUGUUUGGGAAGUGAUGCCGAAGUGAAGAAAUUUAGGCAUGACUAUGCAUUAAGAAUUUAUAGGAAUGACUGGUGAAUCUUGUCAGUUCGAGGGAUUAUUUUGUAAAACUUUUCUUCUUCAGUUUGGAUUUGGAAUGUUUUGUAUUUCGAUAUAUUUUUUCUGUUUAGUCGAGCUUUUAUUCGUCAAAUUUGAUUACAUAAGUUAAGAUAGUUCGUUCAUUUUUUGUGGUCGGAUAUUCAACCUGAUAACCGCUUGAUUAUGAAUGAGAAAAGUUCGAAGUUCGUAGGUCUAGGUACAUACAACUAGGUACGUGAUUUUUAAUUCUAACAGGUUUUUAUCAAGUUUAUUUUCUCGACGUUUUUUUAUUUUUAUUUUAUUAUAUUAUUUUAUUGGAGCAGUUUUCUCAUGUUUGUGAAAAUUGCUGGGAAAAUCGUUUUUUUAUGUCGCAAUUAGGUACCUAUAUCAAUAAAAUGUUCAUGUAUAUCUAGUGAAGA